UUUUUUUUCCUUCUUAUUUUGCUUUUCCCGAGAUUUCCGUCUUUCGAAUCUUUCUCUCUCCUCCCAUGGAACCGCCUCCGCCGCCGCUCUCAUCCGCCGCGGCGGCCACCGUUACGACGACUGCUCCUCCGUUCUCGGCCCCUACCCCCGCCGUUGUCCAUCCCCAUGUGACGUCGUCAUACCCCGACUCCGUCGACUCCUCCCCCAGGUCUCGCACCACAGAUGGCUGGGACGACCUUCCCGGCCCGGCCGGCAUCGGUGGCGGAGGAACCUCCGGUGUGUCUUCUAAGCUCCGGCUGAUGUGCAGCUACGGUGGUCAUAUCAUACCUCGGCCGCACGACAAGUCCCUCUGCUACAUCGGCGGUGAUACUCGCAUCGUCGUCGUCGACCGUAACAUAUCUCUCUCUGCUUUCGCCACGCGCCUCUCCAGCACGCUCCUCAACGGCCGUCCCUUCACUCUCAAGUACCAGUUGCCGAGUGAAGAACUUGACUCGCUCAUUUCUGUCACAACCGACGAGGAUCUCGACAACAUGACCGAGGAGUAUGACCGCACAAUUUCUUGUCUAAAUUCGGCAACGGGGAAGCCCUCGCGUCUGCGUCUCUUUCUGUUCUCGUCGAAGCCCGAGGCCACUCAAUCGAUGGGACAGAUCCUGGAAAGUUCAGUGAAGAGCGACGAUUGGUUCCUCAACGCUUUGAAUAGUGCUGGGCUUUUGAACAGAGGGUUUUCUGAUUCCGAUACCAACGUCAAUCGUUUACUUGGUUUGGAUGAUGGUCUUGGUCUCCGGUCUCUUGGCGGAGAAAACGGAGGCAACCUCAAUCUGGGCGCCAGAGAUGUUGAUGGUUCCGUGAAGAGCGCCAAGCAGGAACAGCAGCAACAACAGCUUCAGCAGCCUUCGUCGCAGCCGCAGGGAGGUCAAGAUGUGCACUCUGUGCCAGAUUCGCCUAUGUUGGAUACGACGUCGUCGUUUGGGUCAACCUCUUCUUCUCCGUCACUCGCGAAUCUACCGCCGAUCCGUGUUCAUGUCGAGGAAGCCGGUGGAGGUAGGGCCGCGAUGCAGGACCAGAAGCUGGGGACCGAAGAUCAGUUCGCGCAAUUCAACGUCGGAGGUGGCGCCAAUAAGCAGUUCCAGCGACAGCAGGAGGAUGCAUUUGCCACGAUCUCGUCGCCGCCGCCGCCGAUGCCGGCGACACUCGCAGUUCCGGUUGUGCCCUUGAGUGCUCCGGCAUUCUCAGCUGAGUUUCAUACGCGGGUUAUUUCGGACGAUGAGAAAUCCGAUCAAGGCGUGCCUGCUGGAUACAAGAAACCUCCGACUCCUCAUUCGCAGCCGCAUAAUCUACCGCCUCAGGCUCAUCUGCAGAAAUCCAACGUCGGAGGACAUGAGCUGCCAUCUCCAGAUUCCGUUUCCAGUGAUAGCAGUCUGAACAACGCUCUUUCUCGGCAAAAACCUACGAUCUAUCACGACGUGGUCGCUCAGAUGCCAUCCUCUACUACCAUAGUUUCCGGUAACCUGCUUGAUCCAAAGAUCAAUCCUUCAAAUCCAAACGCACAAACCCAGAUUCAGGAUUCAGGAUACGUGUUGCACACCCAAUUCGAGCAACAAUCUGCUCAAUCACAGCAGCAAUUCAUACAUGCUGCUACUCCGCAGUACAUUCAUCAUCAUAAUCAUCCCUCAGGUGGCGUUCCUGUCCCAACUUAUAUCCAGGUUUACCCGCAGCAGCAGCAGCAUCGACACGCCACACAGCUUGAUCAUCAGCCUUAUCCGGUGUACUAUGUCACUGCCCCUCUCCAGGCGAGGCAAUCGACCUACAACAUGCUCGUUCCUCAAUCCGGUAACAGAAAUGAGACACUGGAUUCUGUGCCAUCGAACCAUCCCCAGGCCUCGCCUAAUCCCUCCAUGCCUAAUGUCGCUGCUGCUUAUAAUAACCCCAUGAGGACUGUCCCUGGAAGCAAACCCGAGAUGGGCUCGGGCGGAGUUUACACAGCCGCCUCGGGUUUAAGCGGUGCUCAGUUCGUUCAACUGCCCACCAGCCAGCAAUUCGUGGGUUACCCACAGAUUCAUCACCCACCUCAGUCUGUUCCCCACACCGGUUACGGCUACGAAUUUGCUGAUCCUUCUCACGCCCAGAUAUACUUGACUCAACCACUUGCACAUGCUCCGUACCAGACAGUGACAGGAUCACCAGCCACAAUGGUCUUGCCGGAUGGCUCUACUGCUAAGCUUCCGGCCGAGAGCGUGAAACAGCAGAUGCGAAGUUCACAGCCGGUGUGAUAGAGAAUGACGGCGAGAAACAAAGAUCAAACACAAUUUUGGAUGACCACCCGGGUUGGUCUUAUAUAUAUCUAUAUAUCUAUAUACACAUAGAUAUUUAAAAAUUAAUGCGUUUGUGUGGUGAUGUGUUCUGUGAAGUAUUUAGAGAAUAAGGAACCUUUGGGUGUCGUUGGAGCGUUAUAUUACAUGUCGAUGGAUACUGCUGCAUAGGACCCGUGAAAACAAUUUGGUAUAAACAGAUACUGUCAUUUGUAUCUUUUUAAUGUUUUAUAUUGUUAAAGAUAUUGUCAUUUAUAUUAUAGUUUCAAAAUUGGAAGAUU